AUGCGUCCUAUGACCGGUGGGGAGGAUCUUGUUACGAUGGAGGGAAGCGAGUGGAAGACUUGGAGGAGCGUGUUUAACCCCGGGUUUGCGGGGGGGUAUUUGAUGACCCUCGUUCCGGGGAUGGUGAGGGAUGUGGAGGUUUUGUGUGGGAUAUUGGUGGAGGAAGCAAAGAAAGGGGGGGGUGGUGAGGUUGGAUGAGGUGGUGGUGAGGUGUAGUUUUGAUGUUAUUUGGAGGGUUGUGCUGUGAGUUUUUAUUCUGUUCUAUUUGUUCUUUUUACCGAGUUUUUUGUUUGUUUGGCGUUGGGAAAGAAAAACUGAUAAUUGGGAAUAUGGAAAGUGACACGAAUCUGAAUUCUCAGCGGACUACAAAUCCCUUCGUUGAAGCACUUCGUAGUCAGAUCCGCUGGCUUUCGGCAACGAAGCCAAUCUUUUUGAACGCUACCACCCCCUCCGUCCUAUAA